GUUUUGUCAGUCGAGCGUGUGCCAUGGCAGGGUUCGCAACUAAAGCGGUCGCUGCUGCAUACCUGUAUGAGAAGAUGGCAAGAAAAGAAAAGAAGAAAAGGCGUUUCAGUGUUCAUCCUCUCAACAUCCAAAGAGACUUGAAAGGAGCUUUCAUAACCCUGUACGCUGACUUACGAGAAGAUGAAAUAAAGUUCUUCAAUUAUUUUAGGAUGAGCCCCAAAACAUUCGACGAAUUAUUUGGGAAAGUUGAAAGUCAUUUUCGUAUUACAAGGACCCACUCCAUGCCCAUUAGUCCAAUGGAGAGACUUUGUGUAACUCUGAGAUAUCUUGCAAGUGGAAAUACAUUCACCGAUCUUCACUACUCAUACAGAAUAGGCAUAACAACUAUAUCUAAAAUAGUGCGUGAAGUAUGUAUGAUUUUGUGGUUGGUGCUGAGAAACGAGUGCAUGACUGAACCAUCUUUAGAGAGAUGGAAAGAAAUCAGCCUUGUCUUUGAAAAUAAAGCAAACUUUCCCAACUGUCUGGGGGCAGUUGACGGGAAGCAUGUUCGUUUAGUGAGACCACAACACAGUGGGUCACUUUUUAUGAACUACAAACAUUUUUUUUCUGUUUGUCUGAUGGCCAUUUGUGACGCCAAUUACUGUUUUACUUUCAUUGACGUAGGGGCUUAUGGGAGAAAUUGUGAUUCCACUGUAUUUCAAAAUAGUUUAUUUUGGUGUAAGAUGACUAACGGAAUGCUUGACAUCCCUCCACCAAAGCCACUACCAGGAACUGUUAACCCUAUACUGCCUCAUGUAUUAGUUGCAGAUGAAGCUUUCUCUCUCAGUGAACAUGUGCUAAGACCUUAUUCCAGGAAACAUCUGAAUCACAACAAGAGAGUAUUCAACUAUCGGUUGACCCGGGCUCGAAGAUAUGUUGAGUGUACUUUCGGGAUUCUAAGCAACAAAUGGCGAAUUUUCCAUCGCCCUUUAAACGUUGAAACAAAUCUUGCUGUGGACAUUGUAAAAGCCUGUUGUGUUCUGCACAACUUCAUUAGAGUCAGAGACGGUUUCGAUUAUGAAGACACACUGACAGUGGUGGGGUUCGAAGAUUUCAGACAAGGGCUAUGCAACAGAGGAGGUGGUCAGUCGAAUGCUUCAAUAAGGGACAAUUUUUCACAGUACUUCUUGGGUGUUGGUAGUGUGCCGUGGCAGGAAUCAAUGAUUUAAACUAUGAAGAAUUAAUUAUAAGAGUAUUAUGUGUUGUGGUUUGUAAUUUCGUCAUGUAACAAAAACAAGAUCAGUGCAAUUGCCUGUAAAUUAAAUAAACAAGAAACCAAAUAGAAAAUAAGAACUCACCUAAUUU